UAUCGUGCAGGAAGAGAUUAGUAAUGGCGACUGGCAACUCGGUGAAAGAAGAAAAGGCGCCACUCUAAACGAUUUAGCCGUGAACGCGAGGCGAAUUUUAUUUUUCAAGUCUUCGAUAAUCAGGUUGUACAAUGUCCAACAGAACGGCUUACUUUUACGACCCCGACGUCGGCAAUUUCCAUUAUGGCGCGGGACAUCCAAUGAAACCUCAUCGUCUCUCCCUGACGCACAGUCUCGUUCUGCAUUAUGGCUUGUACAAGAAGAUGAUGGUCUUUAAACCAUACAAAGCCUCCCAACAUGACAUGUGUCGUUUCCACUCGGAAGACUACAUUGAUUUCCUGCAAAAGGUUAGUCCCAACAACAUGCAGGGCUUCACCAAGAGCCUGAACACCUUUAAUGUCGGAGACGACUGCCCCGUGUUCCCCGGUCUGUUUGAAUUCUGCUCGCGGUACACGGGAGCAUCGCUACAGGGCGCGACGCAGCUCAACCAUAAGAUCUGCGAUAUCGCCAUUAACUGGGCCGGUGGCCUGCACCACGCUAAGAAGUUCGAGGCCUCUGGGUUCUGUUAUGUGAACGACAUCGUCAUCAGCAUCCUGGAGCUGCUGAAGUACCACCCGAGGGUGCUGUACAUCGACAUCGAUAUUCACCAUGGCGACGGGGUGCAAGAGGCCUUCUAUCUCACAGACAGAGUCAUGACCGUAUCCUUCCACAAGUACGGGAACUACUUCUUCCCCGGGACGGGCGACAUGUACGAGGUGGGCGCCGAGAGCGGCCGCUACUACUGCCUGAACGUGCCGCUGCGCGACGGCAUCGACGACCAAAGCUACCGGCAGCUGUUCCAGCCCGUGAUCAAGCAGGUGGUGGACUUCUACCAGCCCACCUGCAUCGUGCUGCAGUGCGGCGCCGACUCUCUGGGCUGCGACCGGCUCGGCUGCUUCAACCUCAGCAUCCGCGGCCACGGGGAGUGUGUGGAGUUCGUGAAGAGCUUCAGGAUUCCGGUGCUGGUGUUGGGGGGCGGCGGCUACACGGUGCGCAACGUGGCGCGCUGCUGGACCUACGAGACCUCGCUGCUGGUGGACGAGCCAAUCAGUGACGAGCUGCCCUACAGCGAGUACUUUGAGUACUUCGCGCCGGACUUCACGCUGCACCCUGACGUCAGCACGCGCAUCGAGAACCAGAACUCGCGGCAGUACCUGGAGCAGAUCAGGCAGACGGUGUUCGAGAACCUGAAGAUGCUGAACCACGCGCCCAGCGUGCAGAUCCACGACGUGCCGGCCGACCUGCUGAGCUACGAGCGCACGGACGAGCCCGACCCCGACGAGCGCGGCGCCGACGACAACUACUCGCGCCCCGACAACAGCAGCGAGUUCUACGACGGGGACCAUGACAACGACAAGGAGAGUGACGUGGAGAUUUAACCAUGACAACGACAAGGAGAGUGAUGUGGAGAUUUAACCAUGACAACGACAAGGAGAGUGACGUGGAGAUUUAACCAUGACAACGGCAAGGAGAGUGACGUGGAGAUUUAACCAUGACGCGUAACCCAGCCAGGACUCAGGACUGUGAGGGUCAUCAGCACGGCUGUGGUGUGUGAGGGUCACUGAUUGGCUCCUUGGGACGGGGCGGGGCCUGUAUCUGCUGGUCUGUGACUCCAUCACUGUCGCCUUGACGACGGCCCUGGACACCGCUGCCCUUUAUCUCCACGGCAACACCAUUGUUGUUGCUUCAUGAACAGUAACUCACUUGGCGUGCAAAUCAACACAGCCUGUAUGAAAUAUCACACACACACACACACACACACACACACACACACACAGCCUGUACAAAAUCACUUGUGUACACACACUUAUACACACACACAGCCUGUGUGAAAUAACUUGUGUACACACAUACACACGUGCACAUAGCUCACAGUACACACACACACACACACACACACACACACACACACACACACACACGUGCACAUAGCUCACAGUACACACACACACACACACACACACACACACACACGUGCACAUAGCUCACAGUACACUCACACACACACACACACGUGGUCACACAGCUCAGUACACACACACACACACAGUUCAUGCUCCCUCGCGCAUACACUCGGCCUGUUACAGGCUGUGGAAUCAAGGGUUAUUACAGUUCAUUUUGUAUCUUUGUAUGUUUGUUGUUUGUAUGUUAGAAGAUAAAACUCAAUGUAAACGAUUACUGCCCUGAUUUUAAAUAAAAAGCAUCACUGAA